UCCCAGAGGAGGACCGCACCAGAGCUGGAGCCGAUGCAGAACGGGGAGGCUAUGAGCCCGCAGGAGUCUAAGGCGCCAGGGGCUGGGGCCUCAGAGGAAGAGAAGGGCCAAAACCAGAGCCAGACCCAAGGGGUUGUAGAGCCUUCAGCGCCACCUCUGCCCCCUCCAUCGCCACCGCCACCUGGCCCGCCAGAAUACCCAAGGCCCAGGCUCAUCUUCCACACUCAGUUGGCCCACGGGAGCCCCACAGGCCGCAUUCACGGAUUCACCAAUGUCAAGGAGCUCUACGCCAAGAUCGCCGAAGUGUUCAACAUCUCCUCCUCAGAGAUCCUGUUCUGCACUCUCAACUCCCAUAAGGUGGAUAUGCAGAAGCUGCUGGGGGGGCAGAUUGGACUGGAAGACUUCAUCUUUGCUCAUGUCAGGGGGGAGACCAAAGAGGUGGAAGUCACUAAGACAGAGGAUGCCCUGGGCCUCACAAUCACAGACAACGGAGCUGGAUAUGCUUUCAUUAAGAGGAUAAAGGAAGGCAGCACCAUAGACCGGCUGAAGACAGUAUGUGUUGGUGACCAUAUUGAGGCCAUCAACGACCAGAGCAUUGUAGGGUGUCGACACUAUGAGGUGGCCAAGAUGCUCAAAGAGCAACCAAGAGGCAUACCAUUCACUCUUCGACUGGUGGGACCCAAGAAAGCGUUUGACAUGAUUGGGAUGAGGACCAGGGCGCCAAAGUCAAGUGAGGGGAAGAUGGUGAAUGGGAGGGAGACUCUGCGUCUUCGCUCUAAGGGCGCAGCUACAGUUCAGGAAGUGCCGAAUGAGUUUGAAGAGCGGGCCACCAAGAAAGUGGAUGACCUGUUGGAAAGCUACAUGGGCAUCAGAGACGUGGAGCUGGCGACCACCAUCGUGGAAGCGGGCAAAGACAAAAAGAACCCUGAUGACUUUGCAGAGGCCUUGGACUCAGUUCUUGGAGAUUUUGCUUUCCCUGAUGUGUUUUUGUUUGAUGUGUGGGGCGCCAUUGGAGACGUCAAGAAUGGCCGAAUUUAGAAUCAGGAUCAGAAUCAGAAAUAGUUUAUUGAUCCCCCAGGGGAAAUU